AUGGGCAACUCCUCCACAAAGGAAGAGGGGGCAGUAGAAGAAGAGGAGGGGGCAAAGGAUGGCGAAGAAGCCGAAAUCAUAGAGAAGAAGAAAGAAGAGGUGGAGGAAGAGCUUCCACUGGGGGUAGAGGAGUUGUUCGAGAGUGGAGAUCCCGUGCUGGACUUGAGCUACCGUAAAUUCAAACGCUUGCCAUCACGAGUUAUUGAAUUGUUGCAUCUGGAGAAGCUGUAUGUUUGUGGGAACAGCCUGCGCACUCUGCCCGACAGCAUCUCCAAGCUGCAGGGUCUUCGAGUCCUCGCCCUCGACUUCAACAAGAUGGAGGAUGUUCCCCCUGCUGUGUGUGAGCUUACUAAACUGACUCGCCUAUACCUGGGCAGUAACCGACUAAUGUGCCUCCCGCCCGAGCUGAAGAAUCUCCAGAGUCUGCGCUGCCUGUGGGUCGAGAGCAACUACUUUCAAACAUUUCCCCGAGAGCUCUACGACCUCCCCAACCUCAAGUCUCUUCAGAUUGGGGACAACCGUAUGAAGACACUGCCUUCUGACCUCAUUCGUAUGGAAGCUUUGAGGGGAUUAUGGUUGUACGGGAACCGCUUUGAGACCUUCCCCAGAGUCCUGCUGCGCAUGGAGCAUUUGGAGAUUUUAGAUAUUGACCGCAACAAGAUAUCAGAAUUCCCCAGCCUGAAGCGCCUCCACAACCUGCACCACUUCUCCUAUGACCACAACCCAGUGGACAGCCCUCCUAGAGUUGGCGGGGAGGUGAUCGUCGUUGGGGAAGGCGCUGCAGAGUUCUUGGAGGCUCGAGAAGCCAGGAAAGAGAGACUACGAAAGGCCGCAGAGGAAGAGGCCGAAGAGUUGGCUCUGGCAGAAGAGGAGCCAGUGAUUCAUGGCAUCCUGAAGAAUAGCAGCUCCAACUCAAAACAAAUCACUUUAGGGGACGCAGACUUUAAUGAGGAAGAGCCCGUGACAAUUGAUGAGGAGGAAGGGGAGAUUCCUGUCACUGAGUAUGAUGCAGGGGAUCUUGAAUACAACGAGGAAGGGGUUGAGUAUGAGACGGAGGAGCUGAUAUGUGAAGGGGAGGGAUUUGAAUAUGAGGGAGACCAGCUGGAGUAUGAGAGGGCUCAGAUGGACUAUGAGUACGAGGAGCUGGAGGACACAGGGAGGCAAGAUGAAGGGGCAUGA